AUGUGGGACGAAAAUGAUACUAGUUAUCUUGUGAUCAAACGUUGGCUUACCGAGGAAUUUCGGGAGGAGCUAUUUUUACACACUAAGCGCAUUAGAGAGGGGAAAGUGCUUACUGACAACAAGGAUAGAACCGAGGAAGGAAAUAAAGGAAUAGAAAAGGAAGGUCUUUACAUGGUCAGAAAAAAGCCCAAGAGAGACAAAAUACGUGAGCAAGCGGAAGCAGACAGUCGGUAUGAGCACGAAAUCGGUGAUGGAUUAAGGAGAGCGGACAGAUAUGGAAGAAGGGAACAGGAAGAAACAACGAAGGCACAGGAAGAGGGAAAGAAUGAACAUGAGAAGGCCAGCUACGGAGGCUACGGAGGGCGAAGAACAACACAGGCGAAAACUACAUAUGACGAAGCAAAAACCGAUGCAAUCAAAGUGCAUCGAAAACAUCUACUUCCCGAGACUUUGUUAGCCUAUAAUCUACCCUGGGAUUGGGACGAGGAAGAUUCUAAUUACAUCAUAAUCAAAAAAUGGAUCACAGAAGACUUCCAAGAGGAACUGUUCGCACAUACUAGGCGCAUUCGAGAAGGCAGAUUACUCGACGAGGACUCGCAUGAAGUGCUCACUGAACAGGAAUCUACUUUGCAAGAAUUGCUUCCCAAGCGAAACUAUAAAUACCUGCCUUCUACAUGUUGCCAAUGCGAAGCGACCUUGACUUCUGAUGUUAGCUUGAAACAUUCCGCUGUCAAGCGAUCAGCGGAUGAACAUCGCAACCCCGCGGUCCGGGGAAGCUUUAGUCGACAAAUAGACGUUGUUAGUUCUCGAAUGCCAGGGUACGGAAAGACCGUGCUUUACAAGGCAGAUACAACAGAGGAUAAGCAUGAAGAUCCUCAGUUCUCAUGGAUCCAUGCAGAGCGCGAGAUGCGAGAUUUUGACGAGUUUAUACGAUUUGCAUCGAGCGUGUCGAGUUUGACAGAUGAGGACAGAGCCCUGGUCUUGUCUCUUAUGAAGAAAGUCCGCGUGAAAGUCCACGCCCCCAGAUGCGCUGCUCCCAACCAUGUCUUUCGUGUCAUCCGAAAAUUGGAUCGUCGCACAAAAAGCCUUGGAAGGUAUCACGUUGGCUACCAGUCAAAUCGAAAGAGAGACCUCGACCAAGUUGUCCAGAAAAUGAAGCUGUUCCCUGCUGGUCAUGUGGUUCAUGUGCCGGAGCUGUGGGCAGUUAUUGUGAACUUCCAGUACAUUAUUACCAGUGCACCAGUAUCUUUACUAGAAGAGACAAGCUCGUCUUACGAGAUUUUGACCCCCCCAGCUGCAACGUCUCGAUCAUCUCUCAUGGACAUAUGUGUACUGGACCCUAGGAAGCGCCUCUUUUGUUUUCCGAUAGGACUUUGCAAAACAUUUUAUGCACUGCGUCAUACCAUUGCUGAGAACUGUCUGCCGCCCAGGCUCAAGGAAAAGGGUUACGAUUUUGAGCUGCUGACUGCAGACAAAGUUGUCAUCAAAGCAGAUGACUGGGUCAAAAUUACCAGUACUCGCACGUCGAUUGGUUUUCGUAUCCACGUUCGCCUGUUGUUCCCGGAAAGCAAAAAUGAUCCUACGGCAGACGAUGACUUAAUAAUAGUGGAAGAAGAGCUCACAGAGACUUCAGAUGAUGAAGAAUCGACAACAGCGGAAGAGAGAGAAGGAAAAGAGAAGGAAAAGGGAAAGAGAGAGGGGAGCAUGGCCGGCGAAGACAAUCCCUCUAGCUGGGCUUUGCUCAAAUACAACAGACCAGUAGAAAGGGAAGUAGAAAGUGCCGUCGAUAGCAGGACAAAAACACAGGUCGUGCGAUUGGGAAAAAGACAGAUGCAACCUAUCACGUCUAUAUCGGGGGUCGUUGUCAACAAAAAAUCGGACAAUACACCCAAGCUCAUAGAGUCAAAUAUCUACUAUGAUCCGGCUGCUCCGGCCGCUGCCCCCAGAAGCGAUGGUGUUCCUAGUGAAUCCAGUGCCCAGAAGGUGCAAACUGAGGAGGAGCCCCGUUCCAUCCAGAGAGCGACAACGUUCGGCUCGCUGCUUGAUGGCCCAUCAACAUCAUCUGAUGAAAAAAAGACUGAGCUCAGUCUGGAAUUCCCUUCUGUAUUUACUUGGUCGACCCGGAAAAAACCUGUGAUUGGUGAGGAGCCGACAUCUGGUGCGGUUCCCGACUUGGCUGAUAUCUCUCCUCUCCCUGCUGGAGAAAUAAAAGAGGCGUCGGUUCCGAUAAAUGUGAAUUGGAAUGAAAAUGAGAAUGAAGACACUAUAAGAGAUGUCUCGUCUCAUAUACACAGACAACUCCUCGAGGAAGGGGCUGAAACUAGCCGAGCCAUAUACAAAGCGGCAACUAUCUCGUCCCAUUCUGAAGUCGAUCAGGCUAUCAGACAGGAACUAAAGAUUCUUCUGCCUGGCUUGAUUGCUACAGGGAGGCAAUUGAAAGCUCCCACGGAUGAUCCAUGGUGGGAAAAAUCCAUGAAAGAUUCAAUUGGCUCCAUGUGUCGCCUGUUAAAUUUCUUUAUGCCAUUGGAAUUUUCGUGUGAUGUCGCGAACAGAUUCUGGGGAGGAAUUCAUGCUCUUUUCACUAUGGUUCCCAAAAUGUGUGAUUCUGCCAAAAUGACUGAAUUGACAGAGCGAACGCAGCGUCGCCGAAUGACUGAAGCUUAUUUCAUAGUCGACCUCAGCGAUGAAAAAUUUGCUGAUCUGCGGCGUGAAACUGAUAUGAAACAGUUGUAUGAGGACAUUGAUGAUUGUCCUAGAUGUGGCAGGGGUCGACGGUUCUCCACAAGAGCAGAAGCUCUUGAACAUCUGUCUGCUUCUCACUUUGCAGUUCCUCUAGCAGGUCCUUCUGUUCAGCAGCAAGAUACGAGCUAUCAAUCUGCAUGGGUCAUGACUUAUGGGGAGUACCUUACCUUUAUAUGCCGGACAGACGUACAGAAAAUUCUUCAACAACUACAAGAGCACCUUACUAUCCUGGAAGAGAUGGCACUGCAAAUUCAACAUGGAGUUUCAGAGAAAGGAAAGUUUGACCGCGAUACGUAUCGAAUCCCAUCUGGUCUAGUGGAUGCAUUUCAAUAUCUUCUGAUGACAGUUGUCACUGCAGCUCACAUGGUCAAGUCUAUACAUGUAGACAGAGAGGCCUACGCCGAUCCAGACCCACCAGUUUCAUUUCUUCCAUUCCGGGAUUUGUACAAAGUCACACAGUUUGGGGCUCAAGCGGAAGCUUCCAUGGAAAAGGCCGAAAACGAUAUUGUUCUCAUGACUCACACCGGUGAGAUCUCUGAUGUUGUGACCUACGAAGUUGUCAGCCCUAGUCUGGUACUGGCACUUGUCAUGGAUGAGAUUCAUUGUAGAGACUCCAAUAAUAGCCCAGUGAAUAUGUUGGAUGUCUAUCGCAGCUACAUGCAAACCUUGGUGUGUCCUAAUAUACUAUGUAUCGAUUCUAAGAUUUUUAUGGAAGUCACACUUGCUAAUCUAGUAUCUGCAUCUGACCAGCAAUAUAAAGCCAUCCGAAACCCACGCCGACGCCUACUGCAAGACAUCUACCUCUUUCAAGAGGAGCUUGUGAUGACGUAUAAAAUACUCGAAACACAAAUCGAUACGUUGAACAACUAUCGAAAUGUUCUUCGCCCGUCCUCCUUUCGUAUUACCACGGAGUCGCGGGCGUCUUCCUUCAACCUUGAGGUCGUCCAGCUGGAGAAAUUGAUUGAUCGCCUGGAUGCGGACUUCGAGGCCAUUGAGGAUCUUACGGAGGACAUCGAAUCACUGGCCACGAUGACACGCAAUGGCGUAGAUGUACGACAAGAAGACCAAGGGAAAACCAUUUUGGUAUUCACUAUCGUGACUGUUGUGUUUACGCCUUUAUCAUUCGUGACCAGCUAUCUUGGCAUGAAUACGACUGAUAUUCGAAACAUGACAAACACUCAAACACUGUUUUGGGCAGUCUCCAUCCCUCUCACGAUGCUCAUCAUUAUAACAGUCUUGUUCGUUGCAUUUCAAGCCGAGCGUCUGCGAGAGGCGAUCGAAGUCUUGUUUCAACCCCGUUAUUCGCAGACGGAACCCCCGCUCAGUGAUUUGCAUGGAAGAAUGUAUGAAGAGGAUCUGGAUGCUGCUCUUGAGAAAUCAGCAGAGAGGAAAUCAUGGAGAUCAAGAUGGGCUGGAAGAAGAAGCCCGGAGGAUUGGAGAAGUGAAUCGGAUUUGACAUUGAAGGUUUGA